AUGGCGUUCCCUGAUCCUCUUGGGAAAGGCUUUUUGCAGAGAUUUCUGUUAAACUUAUGUGCACAUAGCUGUACAAGGGCAAUUCUAGUUCGCCUUCUGCUUGACAUGAUUGGGCCAGAGACUGAAGGCCCAGUUGGCAGAUUGUUGACAGUUAACUCCCAGAGGCUAUAUGGUUGUCAGUCCAAUGUUGUAUAUGGUCAAUCUCAGUUGUUGGACGAGUCAUCAAAUCAAAAAUAUUUGGAAACCAAGAAGGAUAAAGGCAAGGAGAAAAUUGUGGAACUAGGAUAUUCGUCAGACUCUUUAGGAGGUUCUCGGAAGGGGGAUGUUCCUGUGAUACUGUUUCUUAAACUCUUGAGUCAACCGCUUUUCUUGCGCAGCAUUGCCCAUCUCGAACAGGUCAUGGGUCUGCUCCAAGUAGUUGUCUAUACUGCAGCAUCAAAAUUAGAUUGUCAAUCUAAUUCAGAACAAGCUGUAGUCAGUUCUCAAAAUCUAUCUGGCAAUGAAACUGUGAGUGAUGUACCAAAAGAUCCUCCUUUGUCAGAAAUGGAAGCUAUUCAAGGUGAUUUAGGUGCCAGUGGUGAGUUACAUACAUCAGAGGGACAGAGAAGCACCAAUAUGUAUGAUAUCUUCUUACAGAGGCCACAAUCUGAUUUGCACAAUCUGUGCAGCCUUCUUGGCCAUGAAGGGCUCGCAGACAAAGUUUACACGCUUGCUGGGGAGCCUCUUGGGAAAGGCUUUUUGCAGAGAUUUCUGUUAAACUUAUGUGCACAUAGCUGUACAAGGGCAAUUCUAGUUCGCCUUCUGCUUGACAUGAUUGGGCCAGAGACUGAAGGCCCAGUUGGCAGAUUGUUGACAGUUAACUCCCAGAGGCUAUAUGGUUGUCAGUCCAAUGUUGUAUAUGGUCAAUCUCAGUUGUUGGACGAGUCAUCAAAUCAAAAAUAUUUGGAAACCAAGAAGGAUAAAGGCAAGGAGAAAAUUGUGGAACUAGGAUAUUCGUCAGACUCUUUAGGAGGUUCUCGGAAGGGGGAUGUUCCUGUGAUACUGUUUCUUAAACUCUUGAGUCAACCGCUUUUCUUGCGCAGCAUUGCCCAUCUCGAACAGGUCAUGGGUCUGCUCCAAGUAGUUGUCUAUACUGCAGCAUCAAAAUUAGAUUGUCAAUCUAAUUCAGAACAAGCUGUAGUCAGUUCUCAAAAUCUAUCUGGCAAUGAAACUGUGAGUGAUGUACCAAAAGAUCCUCCUUUGUCAGAAAUGGAAGCUAUUCAAGGUGAUUUAGGUGCCAGUGGUGAGUUACAUACAUCAGAGGGACAGAGAAGCACCAAUAUGUAUGAUAUCUUCUUACAGAGGCCACAAUCUGAUUUGCACAAUCUGUGCAGCCUUCUUGGCCAUGAAGGUCUUUUUAUCAAUCAGGCUCGCAGACAAAGUUUACACGCUUGCUGGGGAGGUGCUGAAAAGUUGGCCUUGGUUGCUGCUUCCCAUCGAAAAUUCUUUAUUAUGGAGCUUUCAGAUUUAGCUCAUAGUUUGAACAACUUGGCCGUCAGUGAGCUUAUCACACUAAGGAAUACACACAUGCUGGGUUUGAGUGCCGGAUCAAUGGCUGUGGCUGCAAUCCUUUGUGUUCUACAGACUUUCAGCUCACUCUCUUCACCUAGUGUGGAUCGGAAUAAGGUUAAGAAGAGUGGUGAGGAACUGGAUGAGCAUGCAACCUUGUGGAAGUUGUAUGUUGCACUUGAGCCAUUGUGGCAAGAAUUGAGUGACUGA